AUGUUAUACGUCCACGAAGGCGACGUUCAUUGCGACACUGCUGACAUUUUCGAUGUGUUCAACGUCCCGGUGUUUUGGCCCAUCUUGCUCAUGUACUUCAUCUUGCUGUUCACGCUGACCAUGAAGCGCCAAAUCAAGCACAUGUGCAAGCACAACUACAUGCCGUGGUCCAGUGGCAAGCAAGUGUACAAGGACAUCAAGUAG